AUGUCUCCUCCACGGUCGCUGCAGGCCUUUCUAGCGGCUGCCCGUUCUGCGCUGGUGGCGCCGGCGGGGCGGCGUGCGAGCCCGCUGACCAUUGUCGUGGGCAACGAGAGCGCGGACCUCGACUCGCUGUGCUCGGCCGUGCUGCUGGCGUAUCUGCGGUCACACGUGCCACCGCACACGCUGCACGUGCCGCUGUCGAACCUAGAGCGGGCCGAUCUGCGUCUGCGUCCGGAGCUGUCGGCGGCGAUGGACGGCGCCGUCUCGGCGGACGACCUGAUCACGCUAUCGGAGCUGCCGACCGACCUGAGCCCGGCCGAGACGCGCUGGCUGCUGGUGGACCACAACGCGCUCACGGGCGUGCUGGCCGGCCGGUUUGCCGCCCGCGUCGUCGGCUGCAUCGACCACCACGCCGACGAGGGCGUCGUCCCGGAUGUGCGGGCAGAUGACCUUGCACGCAUCAUCGAGCCGUGCGGCAGCUGUGUGAGCCUCGUGCUGCGAGCCCAUGCUGCUAGCUGGCGCGCCCUCGCGACCCGCCAGCCCGACCCGCCAGCCGACCGGCAGCUCGCCCGGCUGGCCCUGGCCCCCCUGCUCGUCGACACGACCGGUCUGCGCGACGGCAGCAAGACGACCGAGACAGACCGGCAGGCCGUCGCGGUGGCCGAGUCGUUCUUGGCUGCACACGACCUGCAAUACGACCGGUCCGCCUACUUGGACCAGCUUGCCCAGCUCAAGGACAACCUCGCCGGGCUCAGCUAUCGCGACGUCCUCCGCAAGGACUACAAGCAGUGGCGCGAGGGCGUCUUGACACUCGGCAUGGCCACGGCCGUCCAGGGCUUCGAGUAUCUGCUGACCUACGUCGGCCCACGUGACGCCCUGCUGGCCGCCAUGCCCGCCUUUGCUGCCGAGCGCGGCCUCGACAUCCUGGCCGUCAUGGCCAUCCGCCACGACAACGCUGACGAGCCGAUGGCCCGCCAGCUGCUGCUGUGGGCUGCCAACGACACCGCGGCCGCUGUGCUACGAGCCUUUGUGCGCGACAACGCACAACAGCUCGGCCUGGAGCCGUGGGACGGCGGUUCGCUCGACAACACGGGCUCGUCCGGCGAGUGGCGCACGUGCUGGUGGCAGCGCCAGACUCGGUUUAGCCGCAAGCAGGUGGCACCUCUACUGCGGGAAGCGAUGCGGAUAAGUGGUUGA